AUGUCAAAGCACUGUCAAAUGUUAAAUCAGUGUCACAUGCCAAAGCAGUGUCAGAUCAAGUGUCACAAGUUACAGCAGCGUCAAAGAUACAGCAGUGUCAUAAAGAUACAGCAGUGUCAUAAGAUACAGCAGUGUCAAGCAGUGUCACAUGUCAAAAGCAGUGUCACAUGUCAAAGCAGUGUCAACAUGUCAAAGCAGUGUCACAUGUCAAAGCAGUGUCACAUGUCAAAGCAGUGUCACAAGAUACAGCAGUGUCACAGUUACAGCAGCGUCACAAGAUACAGCAGUGUCAUAAGAUACAGCAGUAUCAUAAGAUACAGCAGUGUCACAAGAUACAAACAGUGUCACAUGUCAAAGCAGUGUCACAUGACAAAGCAGUGUCACAUGUCAAAGCAGUGUCACAUGUCAAAGCAGUGUCACAUGUCAAAGCAGUGUCACAAGAUACAGCAAGUGUCACAAAGUUGUCACAAAGCAGAGUCACAGCAGUAUCAUAAGAUACAGCAGUGUCACAAGAUACAACAGUGUCACAUGUCAGAGCAGUGUCACAUGUCAAAGCAGUGUCACAUGUCAAAGCAGUGUCACAUGACAAAGCAGUGUCACAUGACAAAACAUGACAAAGCAGUGUCACAUGACAAAGCCGUUUCACAUGACAAAUGUCACAUGUCAGCAGUGUCACAUGACAAAGCAGUGUCACAAAAGCAGUGUCAUAUGUCAAAGCAGUGUCACAUGACAAAGCAGUGUCAAACAUGUCACAAAGCAGUGUCACAUGACAAAGCAGUGUCACAUGACCAGUGUCACAUGACAAAGCAGUGUCACAUGACAAAGCAGUGCCACAAAGCAGAGUCACAUGUGUCACAUGUCAAAGCAGUGUCACAUGUCAGCAGUGUCACAACAAAGCAGUGUCACAUGUCAAAGCAGAGUCACAUCAAUGUCACAUGUCAAAGCAGUGUCACAUGUCAAAGCAGAGUCACAUGA